AUGGAAGCUAUAGGACAUCGAUACGAAGCCGUGAAAGAAGACGACUACAAAACUGUGCAUGCAGAAUACAGAAGGGAAUCACAUUCUAUUCUCACAACGCGUCCUUAUAGUGGAUAUCAAAAAGUCAAACCAAAGAUUACUUCUCCUAUAGUCUCAUUGUACGAGAGAAUAAUAGAGAGUUUGGAAAUGUUCUCAAGUGAUUAUGCUUUGAAUUCUAGUAUCUGCGUUGAUAAAUCCGAAGAUUCGCGUCCAGAUUGUUUGUUGUUCGGUAUAUCCAUUAGCUGCCAAAUUGAACGAAAAUCAUUAUACACAAGAGUGGACGAGUAA